CACAGCGUCACCGACACUCCUCGUGCAGCCCGACUCAGGAAGACAACUCGCAUCGCUACAGACGAGUGAACCGCGCACACGCACGCACUUCCUACCACGCACGCACUCAAGCACACCGUAGCAAACACAGCAUCGUUCUCGCCGACGCCGCCUCUACGCAACCAAGAUGCAACAGAUUCAUAUUUUCGCUGGCUUCUUCGCAUUCGUCCUCUGCAUUAGCGCUGUGCUGGGAGACCACUCGACGGAAAACGAGCUGCUCUCGAGUCCUGACUCCUACCGUCUGCUGCUCGAUCUUAUUGACAACCAGAUCGCGAGAGCAAUGGCGGAAAACAGCGACAUGGGCCACCUAGCGCAGAAGCGCGACUACUUCCGCAAAUGUCAGGUGAACCCGAUUUCGUGUUUCGGUGGCAGGCAAACGCGGCCGGACGGAAGAUCGCCAACAUCUUGGUGGCGUUAGCAGAAUGCAUUAUGGGGGUCAAUCCUAUAUCCUGCUUCGGUGGCCGGAAGUGAGGUUUGAGAGCAUUGGGACGACAUUAACGCUUGCUCACAACUGUAGAGAAUUUCCACCUAAAAGUAAAACUCGGAGGCCCACAUUCACAGCAAGAUUCACCGAAACUAGUCACCAGCGAUCUGAGCGACCUACGGCUAGGGAGAGACGACAACACUAACGACGACGACGAUAGUCUCAUUAAUGGCAAAAGAUAAUUCCAUUUAUCGCUCGUCAGAUGGCGCGCAUCGCGUCACUUCCGGGACGAAUUCCGAGUAGAAUCGACGCGCGUCAUUGGGUCACUAGGGGACCGCGAAUAUCAAAUCCAUUUAGGACGCGGGAGUAGGCUGCUAGUUGCAUGAAAUCGCGAGGCUCUUCAAUGAAACAUACCGGUACGAGUCUGUAUCGCUGCAAUGUACUGUCGAAAACGUUUCCAGUGCCGCCCCUUUUUGUCCGAUGCGAAGAAUUUGGUAAAAUAACCUAUUUUACUAUAAGAUGAAUUGACGAGACGAAGAAGCUAGCGUCAAACUUUUGUGUUCUAUUGGGUCAUGCGAUCGCUUACUUAUCCAUAAGGCUAGCUACAUGAUACAGGACCGGUGUAGUUCACACUCACUCAACAAACAAAUACGGCCGCUGUUUUAAAUUGCGAAAAUCCCCAUCGUGCCAGAUCCGCGAAAGCGACUAACGCACGUACUGCCAGGUUGCUGUGCCGGCCAGUCACUGGUAGUGAAUAUUUAUUUUUUUUAAUUCAAAACUAUUCGAAUGGUUAUUUAACUAUCGUAUACAUAUAUGUGUAAAGAUCUAUUCGCUCAAAUGUAGGCGGGCGCGUUGUGCUAUUGUUGAUUAAUAUUCAUGUUUACUCUAUCAGUUAACCGAAUCGUUUGACGCCUAUCGGCAAAAUCUCUUUACUCGCUUACGAUUACUUUAGUGCAGAACUAAUCCUACAAUGCAGCAGUGCUUGUGUGUUAGCUCCCUCCCUUUUUUCGACCUUGCUCGAUGUCUAGUGUAUAAACGUAUUUCGCUCGUUCCACAGUCCAGCAUGGCUUGUGACGUCCGCGCGCACGUUUCUGCCGACACACUAUCGCAGACACGCAAACAAUUUGCGCACCACGAGCCAUCAUGUUUGACUGUGAAUAAUAAUUCCGUCGCACGAUGUAGUUAGUAUGCACGGCACUGUUGGUUAAUUAACGCUGCAGCUCGGUUAGAUUUCCCUGUAUCCACUUAGCACACUUAUGCUCAGCAGAGACGCUUUCACGCUUUCCACGCUGCACGUAGUUACUAAUUAGUACUUGUAAUUAGUACUUAUAAAUUAGUACUUGUCGUAUAUACAGACCGGCCAUCUGAGCGUACGCGUCCGCGGUUCAGCCCGCCCCCUAGCGGCGAUCGCACGCCGCAGGCACGCGCACGCGCGCACAUUGCGGCCUGUUUAGCGAAAUCGAAAUAAAUACCAUAGACAUUUACGGUUGUUUUAA